CCCAAUCUCGCGCCGCUUUCUCCUCGUUUCGUCGGUCUCGUUCUCCUGUGCCUGCGGUGUGCGUGCGUCAGUCGAUCGGCCAGGGUCAGUUCGAACGGUUAGCUCCUGUCAAACGUGUGCGGCCAGACAGCCUGCUCUUUCGCCGUCUCUGGAGGCUUCUCUCGAACAGCGAUAAUGCCGAUCAAGAGGAUUUACGCUCGCCAGAUCUUCGACAGCAGAGGAAACCCGACCGUGGAAGUCGACUUGCUGACUGAGAAAGGACUGUUCCGUGCUGCCGUACCAUCUGGAGCAUCGACUGGAAUCCACGAGGCCCUUGAGCUGCGCGAUAAUGACAAGUCCCAGUACAUGGGCAAGGGCGUUUCCAAGGCCGUGAACAAUGUGAACACAGUGAUUGCGCCUCAAGUCGUUGCCAAGAACUUCGAUGUCACCGACCAGACGGCCAUCGACGAAUUCAUGUGUCAGCUGGAUGGCACCGAGAACAAAGGCAAGCUGGGAGCGAACGCUAUUCUUGGAGUUUCAAUGGCGGUGUGCAAGGCAGGUGCGGCGCAGAAGGGUGUUCCACUCUACCGCCACAUUGCCGACCUAGCGGGCAACUCGAAGGUGGUCAUGCCGGUGCCAGCCUUCAAUGUGAUCAACGGCGGCUGCCACGCCGGCAACAAGUUAGCCAUACAGGAGUUCAUGCUCCUUCCAACGGGUGCCAGCAGUUUCACUGAAGCCAUGCGCAUGGGAUCCGAAACUUACCACCACCUCAAGAAUGUAAUCAAAAAGAAGUUCGGCUUGGAUGCUACUUCCGUCGGUGAUGAGGGUGGCUUUGCCCCGAACAUCCAGGACAACAAGGAGGCCCUGGAGCUGAUCAUGGAAGCUAUCAAGGCAGCUGGCUAUGAGGGAAAAAUUGUCAUUGGAAUGGACUGUGCUGCCUCAGAGUUCUGCAAGGAUGGCAAAUAUGACCUCGACUUCAAGAACCAGAAUUCCGACCCCAGCAAAUACGUCGACCCGAGCCAGCUCCAGGCUAUGUACGAAGAUUUCAUCAAGUCCUACCCAGUGGUUUCUAUUGAGGAUCCCUUCGAGCAGGACCACUGGGAUGCCUGGACUGCCUUGAACACAUCCACCAAGAUCCAGAUUGUCGGAGAUGACUUGACAGUCACCAACCCCAAGCGGAUUCAGACUGCCAUUGACAAGAAUGCCUGCAACUGCUUACUCCUCAAGGUCAACCAGAUUGGCAGCAUCACUGAGGCGAUUAAGGCUCACCAGCUGGCCAAAAAGAACGGUUGGGGUACCAUGGUGUCCCACCGCAGUGGCGAGACUGAAGAUUCGACGAUCGCAGACAUCGUGGUGGGUCUGAGCACGGGGCAGAUCAAGACCGGCGCCCCCUGCCGUUCCGAGCGUCUGUGCAAGUACAACCAGCUGCUGCGUAUUGAGGAGCAGCUUGGAAGCAAUGCUGUCUAUGCUGGAGAGAACUACCGCCAUCCCCUGCAGUAGGCAAAGUCCAAACAAGCACUGCCACCAAAGCCCCCCUCUAACCUUUUCUAGACACUGUUGUAGCGGUGACAAGACUGUCUUCGUAACAGCCUCAUUUCUUCUUCACCCGGUGCUCGACCGUUUGUUUUUUUCUUCGAAGUCCCGCUAGUCACCAAAAAUUAAAAUUUUGGCAGUGCUCAUUUAUUGCCGUCAUGAGCAGAGCUCUCUCCCAGGUGCCAUCUGCGUCGUGCUUUAAAGGCAGUGGCACAAGCAUUGGAAGGGGGCGACUUGAAAAACCAGUGAAGCACUGCUAAUACUUCCGAAUGCUACUGCUUUGGCAGGCAUUUUCUAAGUUCCUGUGUGGCACGAGUUCUGUAAAUCUGUUUUAGCUUCCUACUUGACCUGUUGUCCUGCUCUUUCUGUGUGUGUGCUUGCAUGUACAACACGGCCACUCUGUCAUGUUUAGUGAACAAAAUCUCUUGGGGCAGUGCAGAGUCAUCUGAGAAAGUGGAGUGAAUAAAUGUACGAGAAAAUUCA